CCCCCGCCGGACCCUCCUGCACUUUACUUUCCAUCCCAGGAUGAUGAAAAUUUUCUCUUGUUCCUCUUCGCAGUUUCCUGUGGACAAGUGGAACAGAUAUGACCAGAAGCUUGUUGAAGCGGUGGAGAGAGGAGACUCAAAGAAGGUCUCUGCGAUCCUAUCCAAGAGGCCAAUCAGGGCCACCAAGAACGCCCCGAACGGCCAAUCAGCCUUCCACCUUGCGGCUGCCAGGGGUCUCACCGAAUGCGUGAAUGUCAUUAUAUCCCACAAGGUAGAGAUCAACGCUAAAACGGAUGAUGGCUGUACUGCACUUCACCUGGCGGCAAGCAACUGUCACCCAGAAAUCGUAAAGCAGCUCUUGCAGCAUGGUGCUCACGAAGACUCCAUAGACUUCCACAGCCGGACGCCAUUACACUGCGCUGCCACCUCCGGAUGUGUCUCCAGCGUUCUGCUCCUGUGUGACGCAGAAGACACCAUCCUGGACGCAGCCGAUGAUGAUGGACGGACGCCACUUAUGAUAGCUGCCCAGCGCAACCAUCCGACCGUCUGCUCGCUGCUGCUCGACCGCGGCGCUAAUGUGAAUCUGUGUGACCGUGACAAGAAGACGGCUCUCAUUCUGGCCUGUGAGAAAGGCAACAUCCAGGGAGUGGAGACCCUCAUCACCAAAGGAGCCGACCCCCAACUGAAAGAUAACAAAUUCUGCGAUGCUCUCUCCUAUGCCAGCCUGAGCCGGGACAACGCCCUCAAGAAGCUGGUGCAGUCCGCCCUGGACAGGAGGAAAAAUGCACAAUCGCAGCAGAUCCACAGUGACCAAACCUCGCCCCAGGUUGUCCCACCAACACCAAGCCAGGAGCAAGAACUGGUCACCAUAUGGAAGAAAAGAUUUCAUGAAGAGCAAAAGCGAGGAGUGUGGCUACAAGGAGAACUGAUGACAAAGACCCAAGAAAUUGAGAGGCUAGCCGAGGAACGGAGGGUAGAAAACAACAGAAUUCAAGAACUAGCAGAGAGUUUGGAGAGUUUUUUGGACAGGCAACCCGACAACCUUGGAGCCAUGGCUGGAGUUCCCACCUCAGACACCUGUGGUCUGUUGACUCGCGUUCUGGAUUAUGUGAGGACUUUAAAAGAAAAGAUACAUGAGAAGACUCUUCUUGACCAGAGGAUCCAAACCCUCACUUCCAAGGCUGCAGAGGCUGAAAAGAGAAAAGACCAACACCAAGAAGAAACAAGGCGCCUUCAAAGUGACGUUGCUGCAGCAAAGGAGAAGGAAGAGGGUGCGAGGAAGAAAGUUAUGGAGCUGGAGGGCCACUUGGAGAACAUGAGGGAGGCGUUGUCACAAUUUGAGAAGCGCAAGCGAAUACAAAGUACGGUAGUAGAAGAUCUGCAGGAACAGAUCUCGGAUGUCACCAAAGAAAAAGAGGAGCUGCUGGUGCUGUUACAAAAAUUGCAAGAGGAAAACGUGGACAAUGUUCAGACAAAGAGGUCGGCCAAUGGUCAAGUGUUGACAGAAAAGACCACCUUGGAUGAGUUCCUUAUGAAGCUGAAAGGCAACUGUGUUAAUGUGGAAGUAAGGCAGAACAAUGAAGUAUCAAAGAGCCGCUCGGGUUAUGUGCCAAAGGACAUCCUGGAGAAAAGUCCUGAGGACUGGAAAGCCAACGUGGUAUUAUUAGAGAAUUAUAUUGCAACUACUGAGAGACUGCAACAGAACGUAGGGUCUAUGCAAAGAGCAGACUUGGAUCUUGUAAAUGGUACCACGAAUGAGAAAGCCAAGGAGACCAGGUCAAUCAACAUUUUAGAACACUCCCCUCUGCUAGAAACCAAUGUGCCUUGCUUACAGGAGGACUUGAGGUAUAGUCCUAAAAAUAGUAUACCCCAACCCAACAGAGGACCAUCUCUUUCUGAAACUCAAGGCAGUGACCACGCCAGGACUAUAAACUCAUUAAAACAAACUAUUAGAGGCUUAGAGACAGAAUUGUCCUCUCUUCAGGCAACUAAUGCCGACUUCCUCUCCAAAAUGAACCAGGUCAUUCAGGAAAAGCAAAACCUUGAAGAAGGCCUCCUUGCCCUGCAGGAGAGCAUGCAGUCCGAGUUUACCAUGAGGCAAGAAAUGGAACUCCGCUGUAAGGAUUACAAAUACCAAACCGGAGUCUUAUCUGACGAACUGCAGGCAGAGCAAGACAAACUAAAAAAGCUAAACUCGCGACUGGAGGCCCAUCAACGGGAAGUGGCCAUGCUGAGGGACAGCUUUCCUCCAGAGGUCCUUCAGGUGGAGAACAACAGAACCGUUGAGAUGUUCAGCUCGGACAUCUUGGAAGAACUCUACUGGAACGUUGGGACCUUGGUCAGAAAAUACAACGAGGCGUCGCAGCAAGUGGCCGCUUUACAGAAGGAGAACCUCAAGCUUCUGGAUGACCGAGUUCAGACCAUAUCGAUGACGGAGCACAAAAACAUUCUCAAUGAAAUGAAGAAUGACCUGCAUGCCAAGGUCAAGGAAACGGAAGACGUAAAACAGAAGCUGUUCCAAACUAUGGGUAGCGUGGUAGAGCUCAAAGAUCAACUUGCCCUUCAAGCCUCCAACUCUGUCCCCAAAGCAGAAGUGGAAAGCCACAUGGAGGACCUGGAAAGCGUGGUCAUGGCUUUGAAGGAGGAGAACGAGGCCUGCAAGGUGGCGCUGGAGGGCAAAUGCGAGGAAGCCAUAGUCUUAAAGCAACAGCUAGAACAGGAGGCUGAAGAAAGCCAAGCUUUGCGGCAAAGGGAAGUUCACGCGCUGCAGGAGUUUGAGCGAGUCAGGGGCAAUCUGGAGACACAACUUCGAGCGUUGCGAGAGGAAAUCCAGGUCCUAACCAAGGAAUGUAACAAAACCACAGAGGAAGCCAAUCGAUGGAAAUACCAGCAGACAUCUGAACAGGAAAAGAGGAUGGUCCUGGAGGGCAAAGCUAAGGAACUGGAGAGAGAAGCUGAAGAUCUGAAGAGGAAGGUCCAGAAGUACGAGGAAGAGAAUUGCCAUAUCAGUCGAAAGUACAACCUGCUCUCUAGAGUGUCCCAAGAAAAACAGGAGAAGGUGGAGGCGUCUGUGAAGGAGUCCAAGUCUUUGUCGAAGGAGAUUGAGCAGCUGCAGAGACGCUGCACCGAUCUGGUGGGUCAGAUGGAGGACACCAACAAACGCCAUCAGGAGACUAUCGCCACCUACAGGACUCACCUGCUCAACGCAGCUCAGGGCUUCAUGGAUGAAGACGUCCAUCUCACGUUACAUUGGAUCCUGAAGAUGCAAAACGACAUUGUCUACUGAUUGGGAGGAUUGUUUUUUUUCCCCGCAACUGCACUACAAAACGCCAAAAAACCCCUCGUGCCUUGU